GCUCGGCCCAAGUUGUUUACAUUUGAGGGCCGCGUAAUCAACAUCAUGUUUUACCAUAUCUCGCUGGAGCAUGAGAUCCUGUUACAUCCCAGGUACUUUGGUCCACAGCUGAUGGAUACUGUACGACAGAUGCUUUUCACAGAAGUAGAAGGCACAUGUACAGGAAAGUACGGUUUUGUGAUUGCUGUCACAACAAUUGAUCACAUUGGCUCUGGCAUGAUUCAGCCUGGGCGUGGCUUUGUUCUGUAUCCUAUCAAAUACAAGGCUAUUGUGUUCCGUCCAUUCAAAGGAGAAGUUCUUGAUGCAGUUGUGACACAGAUCAACAAGAUUGGUCUUUUCUGUGAAAUUGGACCCAUGCAGUGCUUCAUAUCCAGACAUUCAAUUCCACAAGAUUUAGAGUUUGAUCCGAACUCUAAUCCCCCAUGUUAUAAAAGCAGAGAUGAGGAAGUUGUUAUCCAACAAGAUGAUGAAAUAAGAGUGAAGAUUGUUGGUACCAGAGUAGAUGCCACAGAUAUUUUUGCAAUUGGAACCCUCAUGGAUGAUUACCUGGGUCUUACCAGCUAGUGGCAGCUUGCGAAGAGAAAAGUUAUUUUGGUUGUCCGCUUAUUUUGUCUUUGAAUAAGAAAAGAGUAUUUGAAUUCAGUGACAGGUUUAAAACCAAUUUUACAUGAUGGUCAUAGUUUCACUGAUAAUGUAUGAUCGCACAUCUCUUAUAUGUACAUGCAGUGUACCUGAUACUAUUUUAUUACUUCAUUAAUUAUAUGUAUUUUUUUUGUUUUGUUUUGUUUAUUAUAGAUAAUCAGUGAUGAUCGUUAUAUCAUGUAUGAAUUCGAAAGAAAGGAGUAAGUAACUAUUGAUUAUAUUCAUAUAUGGGGUAAAAUUUCAGGUGAAAUAACCCAUGGUAUAGUUUUGUAUCAUUGUUAGUCUUCUUAUUUCAACUGACUACUUAUUUGGAAAAUAAAACUGCAGAAAGAGUAUA